AUAGCUUUGACUGCGAGGUUACAACUUCCGGUUUGUAUCAGAGUAGAUUACCGGCCAUAAUACUAAAUUUCGUUGGCUAUCUCCAACUUCUGCAACAAAUACAGCUUAAUUAUGGAUAUGAUAAGAGACAAUCUCAAAAUCGAAGCCUUGAAAGAACCACGGGGUUUCAUCAGAGUUCUUCUAUUUGUUUUGGCCAUUCUUGCUUUCGCUACAACGACAUCAUUGACCACUAGAACUAGUGCUCAUGUGAAGUGUUUAAACAACGCAAAGAGAGAUAUAGAUUUUACUGUCAAAAUAUCUUAUCCAUUUGAUUUGACAACCAACAGUUGGAAGUUGAAUCCAUGUGCAGGUAAUGACACGUUAGCAGGUCCUUAUGGAAAUUUUUCCGCCGCCUCUCAAUUCUACGUGUUUGUUGGGGUUAUGGCAUUUCUAAUUUCUCUGGCAUCGAUUGGCAUAUAUACUUUUGCCAGUGAUCGUUAUGAUGAUGAUCGUAAAUUACCAUUAAUAGAUUUAAUCGUAACUGUUAUUUGGUGUUUAUUAUGGUUGAUAGCUUCAUCGGCUUGGGCGGACAAAUUUACUCAACUGAGACACUAUUCUGAUCCGAGUACUAUAGCGGGUAAUGAAAAACAUCUCAUAUGUCCCAAGUCUAGCUGUUCAGUUGAACAGAUAGAGACAGGACAAUUUGCUAAGCUAUACGUUUCUUUGAUUUUUGGUUUCCUGAAUGUGUUUGUGUGGGGUUUUAACUGCUGGUUUCUGUACAAAGAAACUAGUUUCUUUCGCGGUUCAGAACCUCCACCGGUUCCAACGGAGCAGGCUGCACAACCUCCAGCAGAUCCUUACCCUCAACAAUUUCCUCAGGGUAGUAUGUAA